UUUUUCCUAGGUUUUUUUCUACUCAAACACAAAUAAAGUAAAAUAUAUUUUUACUGUAAUUCAAAUUAAGUUUCAAUGUCAAUAAUAAAAAGAAUCACAUUAGAGGAAGAAAUGGGAAAGGAUCCUCAAUUAAAGCUAUCCGAUAUACAAUUACUGAGAGAAUGGUACGAGAAACAACCACAUUUGCCAGAAAUUGAAGACAGCUUUCUCGCUUUGUUUCUUCAUAGUAAUUAUUAUCAAAUAGAACCAUCAAAAAAUACAAUUGAAAAUUAUUAUACAAGUAGAACGCAUUUACCAGAAUUUUUUUCUAAUCGAGAUCCGAUUGGAGAAAAAAGUCUACGACAAGUUUUCAAAGUCACUGCUUUUUUCCCUCUGAGUGGAAUAACGAAGGAAGGCUACAAGUUGGUAUAUGGAACAUUUCUGGAUGCCGAUCCUUCUCACUUUGUCUUGAAUGACGUUAUCAAAUAUUCCAUGAUGGUAGCAGAUUUAUAUUUUCUGAUGCAUGGUACAAAUAAUGGUUAUAGCAUAAUUAUCGAUAUGAGUAAAUUGUCUUUUGGUCAUAUUGCGCGAAUAAAUCCAUUGGCAGUCAAAAAAAGUUUAUUCUAUAUCCAAGAGGCAGCGCCUUUGCGUCUAAAAGCAGUCCAUAUCAUGAACGCGCCACCCGCCAUGGAAUUGCUUUUGAAUAUUGCCAAACCUUUCAUGAAAAAGGAGCUGUUGGAUAUGUUACAUUUUCAUUCAUCGUUGGAAAGUAUGUCCCAAUCCAUCCCGAUAGAUCUACUACCGAAUGAGGUGGAUGGAAAAGGAGGUUUCAUACAAGAAUUAGCCGAAAUUGAAGUAAAGCGACUCGAGGAUUAUCGUGAAUGGUUCCUGUUAGAGGAAACAACUGAACGCGUUAAUGAAAAUUUGAGAAUUGGCAAAAGCAAAUCAGCGAGUGAUUUGUUCGGUGUGGAGGGUAGUUUUAGAAAACUCGAUAUAGAUUGAUAAAGAUUUAUAACCUUAUAUAAUAUAUAACUAGAGUAAACUACGAUAUGAUGAUCAUGAACUAUAAUUCUUCAAAUUUUUCCAAUAAUAAAUCUCUAUUAAAUAAUAAA